AAAUUCAUUCAAGUAUGCUCUAAUUUGGUUAGGCAUACAAGACUUUAGUCAAAAUUAAAUAUCAAAGUUCUUAAGAAGUUGGUGUUUAUCACGAUAUGUGUUUGGUUUUAUUUAGCCUCCACUGUGUUUGCUGGAUUUUCCCAGUGUGAAAUUGGCAUCUGGUCAAGAUCGACAAGUAGAUUAAAACCAAGUAUGGAGCCCUCCAAAUCAGAGUCUCGGCAUCGCCUAAAUGCGGGGGGGCCGAGUUCAUCGCCAGCAAGCUCUGGAGAAUACAUCAAGGUGGUGGAGUCCCAAUGCGAGACCGAUGGAUUCGUUAAUGAACAGUGGACGGAACCGGCGAUCCGAGGUCCAGUGCCCUGGAAAACCAUCGUUAUCAUACUAUUGCUUUUCAUCGGUGGCAUUAUUUGUAUCGCCUUCGCUACCCUAAACUGGGUGACGGAUACGAGUCGGGAGCGCUCGGAUCGGGUGUGGGCGUUGGGCAUUAUCGGGGCACUGACCUUUAUCCCGGGAAGCUACUAUGUCUACGUGCUCUUCUGCAUAAUGCUCAACCGCAAUGGAUUCACCAUGGACGAGAUACGAAGACUCGGCUGACCAAAAUACCAUGUUUCGUCAAUAGAGUUUAUUGCUUUUACACUACAGUUACAGUUCACACAUUUCAUUGGCAUAAUUUCUUUAGCAACAAUCUUAAUAUGUAGUUAAUAAUGAUACAUGUGUAUUGCCCCGGUAAUUGUAUAAAAAUAUUUUGUAAACACGA